AACGCCGCACCUCCCAUGUACGAGGAGACCACAGCUGGACGCGUAGACAGUGACGGCUCUGAGGAAGAGGAGCAAAAGGAGCCCACUGUGGAGCCCGUGAGAUUUGGCUGGGUGCAGGGAGUCAUGAUCCGUUGCAUGUUAAACAUUUGGGGCGUGAUCUUGUACCUCAGGCUGCCUUGGAUUACUGCGGAAGCUGGCAUAGGUCUGACCUGGGUGAUCGUCCUGCUGUCCUCAUGUAUUACUGGCAUCACCGGUCUCUCCACUUCUGCUAUCGCUACCAACGGCAAAGUCAAAGGAGGCGGGACCUACUUUCUAAUUAGUCGCAGCCUCGGCCCGGAGCUGGGGGGCUCCAUUGGUCUGAUCUUUGCCUUUGCCAACGCCGUGGCCGUGGCCAUGCACACCGUAGGCUUCGCUGAGACCGUUGCGGACCUCGUGCAUGAAAACGGCGGCGUGAUGGUCAGCCCAAUUGACGACAUCCGCAUCAUUGGCGUCAUCACGGUCACAUGUCUUCUCGGCAUCUCCAUGGCCGGCAUGGCGUGGGAGUCAAAGGCCCAGAUUGUGUUUUUUCUGGUCAUCCUGGUGUCGUUUGCCAGUUACAUCGUGGGAACCCUCCUCCCUGCGUCGCCUCACAAACAGGCCAAGGGAUUUUUCGGCUAUCAAGCGCACAUAUUUGCUGCCAAUUUUGUGCCCAGCUGGCGGGGGCCAGAGGGCAGCUUCUUCGGCAUGUUCUCCAUCUUCUUUCCCUCGGCCACCGGCAUCCUGGCGGGAGCCAACAUCUCGGGAGAUCUGAAGGAUCCGACAGUGGCGAUCCCCAGAGGAACGCUGAUGGCAAUAUUCUGGACCACCUUGUCCUACAUCAUCAUCUCCGCCACCAUCGGAUCCUGCGUGGUGCGGGACGCUUCUGGACUCUUAAACGACACCUUGUCCUCUUCCUCCGCCAGGAAUUGUGUUGGCUUGGCUUGUCAGCAUGGCUGGGACUUCACGGACUGCAUCAACAACGAUACAUGUGCCUUCGGCAUCAGUAACUACUACCAGUCAAUGAGCAUGGUAUCAGCUUUUUCUCCUCUCAUCACCGCUGGCAUCUUUGGUGCAACACUCUCUUCUGCUUUGGCCUGCCUGGUAUCGGCUCCCAAAGUAUUCCAGUGUCUGUGUCAGGACCAACUCUACCCUCUCAUUGGCUUCUUUGGCAAAGGCUAUGGCAAAAACCACGAACCCCUGCGAGGCUACCUGCUGACGUACGUCAUCGCUGUUUGCUUCAUUCUCAUUGCUGAGUUGAACACAAUCGCCCCCAUCAUCUCCAACUUCUUCCUGUGCUCCUACUGUCUCAUCAACUUCAGCUGCUUCCACGCCUCCAUCACCAACUCACCUGGCUGGCGUCCAUCCUUCAGAUUCUACAAUAAAUGGCUGUCGUUGUUGUGCGCCGUGUGUUGCCUGGUGAUCAUGUUCCUGCUGACUUGGUGGGCCGCCCUCAUCGCCUUUGGUGUUGUCCUGCUCCUCCUGGGGUAUACGCUCUACAAGGAGCCCGCGGUGAACUGGGGCUCAUCGGUGCAGGCCAGCUCCUACCGCAUUGCACUCAACCAAUGUGUGGCUCUGAACCAAGUGGAGGACCACGUGAAGAACUACAGACCUCAGUGUUUGGUGCUGACGGGACCUCCCAGCAGUCGACCAGCUCUGGUAGAUCUGGGCAGCAGUCUGACAAAGAACCUGAGUCUCAUGGUGUGUGGCCAUGUGCUGACCGUGAGUCAAAGAGCCAGCAGUGCCGCCCACAACUUGUGGCUGAGGCAGAGGAAGGUGAAGUCCUUCUACAAACAUGUGCUGUCUGCAGACCUGCGCUCAGGAGUGAACAUGCUGCUGCAGGGUGCAGGUUUGGGCAGGAUACGACCCAAUGUCCUGCUGAUGGGUUUCAAGACGGACUGGCUGAGUGACUCGCCCCAGGCUGCAAACACUUACAUCGGAAUAUUGCAGGAUGCGUUUGACCUUCAGUAUGGUGUGUGUGUGCUGAGAAUGAGAGAGAGACCGGAUCAGUCACACGUCAAUCCAGGCUUUGAUGGAGGACCAGAGAGGACACACCCCACAUGUCACCCUUCUGGAUUGCACAGCAUCACUACAUCUGCGAUGCAGGUGGAGCCUGCGCCUCAAGCGAGCACACCGUUUGGGAAAACGCAAGGAGCAAAGACCAUCGACGUGUACUGGCUGUCUGACGACGGAGGCCUCACCCUGCUGCUUCCCUACCUGCUAACUCGGAGGAAGCGCUGGGCUAAAUGUAGGCUUCGAGUGUUUGUGGGCGGGGAAAAUUCCACCAAUGAGGAGAGGAGAGAGGAGGUUUCGACAUUAAUCCAGAAGUUCCGCCUUGGUAUCCGUGAUGUUGAAGUGCUUCCUGACCUCCAUCAAAACCCCCGAAACGUUCAUCAGUUUGAGAAGAUGCUGAGUUCCUUCAAGCAGGAUCCAAAUCCCAAGAGUGAAUGCCAUUCUGCUCCAUCAAGAGCACAGGAGGAGCCUUGGGGGAUCACUGACCAAGAUCUGGAGAGGAACAGGGCCAAGACUUCCCGUCAGCUUCGUGUGAAUGAGAUCGUGCAGGACUACUCCAGAGAAGCUGCGCUGGUGGUUAUCACCAUGCCGGUGAGGAGGAGAGGAGUGUGUCCCAGCGUCCUCUAUCUGGCGUGGCUGGAAGUCCUGUCACGUGACUUGGGGCCUCCAGUCCUUUUGGUCAGAGGAAACCAGGAAAACGUCCUCACCUUCUACUGCCAGUGAAAAGUCGUAGACAUAAGAAUUUCAGCAUCAUAAUUGCUAUGCUGUAAUAAUCAUAGACUGUACAGCGCAACCUCGCUUUUCGUCAUUCGUAAAGUGUCUGAUAUGUCAAUACUUAUGGAAAUGGCUUAAUAAAAUGCUGCUAUGCUAAUAUUAGCAUGCUAGCGCUAACAUGAUAACACCUAACAUGGUAGACAAACUUAUAUACAAAAGUGUUUAUGUAUGUUUCUAAUUAUGAAAAUGACUGCAAUGUCACUAUGAUAAUGUUAGCAUUUCAACAAUACUAACAUUAGCCUGAAAAACCUAGCAUGAUAGCAGCAAGUGUCUGCCAAUGGUAAUACUAAAGAAAUUGAUAAAAAAAAUUGGCCUAUG